AUGUCAAACCUACACAGAAAGGAAAGCGAGAUGCAUAAGGCCUUAAGUGGCACACAAAAUGCAAGUGAUAGCACAGAUGUGCUGGACCCACAAUCAAGCAUGGACUCGCCCGAUCUUGGGUGGGCAGAAAAACUUGCAAGCCUUAGUGCUUCCGGUGCGGGUCACUUUUCGAAUAAAGAAUUCGAGGCUGCUGAAACUUUAUACCAACAAGUCUUGGAUAUAUGCAAAAAAUUUAAGGGUCCCAACGACAUAGACACGAUUUCCAGCAUGGUCAAUUUAGGGGAGGCACUGCUAUGCCAAAAGAAGCAUGAGGAUUCCGCGAAGGUGUUUCGAAGGGGAUUGAAACAGUCCCAAGAGGUACUAGGACCUGAACACAAGACCACGCUGUUCAGGAAUCAGGGGGAGUAUGCAGGGGCUGAAGAGAUGUACCGUCGUGCGCUGGAAACGAACGGGCUUUCCCUAAACUCAAAUGACUCUUCUAUGAAAGGCACAAUGGAAGGACUCGCGGAGGUGCUCUGGGUCCAGGGUAAGGCCGAGGAGGGCAGGAAGAUGUGGAAGCAGGCAUCCGGGAAGGACAAGGAGGGCGAGGAAGACGAUGACACAGCUUCAAAAUCCGGCCAGAGCAAGGAUGAAGAGCAGGAGCAGAUGUAUCGACAUGUUCUCGAAUCGAUAGAGAAACCCUUUGGGGAGGAACACUGGAUGACACUCAAUACCGUUCGCAAUCUCGCCUCGGUCCUAGCGGCACAGGGUAAGUAUGAGGAAGCCGAGCAGAUGUAUCGACGAGCGCUGCAAGGAUUUGAAAAGACAUUCGGGAAGGAGAAUCGGGAGACGCUUUUGAGCGUCAAAUUUCUUGGCCUUGUGCUGCGUGAUCAGAGUAAAUAUGAAGAAGCAGAGAAAAUGCUUCGGCGAGCGCUAGUAGGGUAUGAGAAUGAACUUGGUGAAGAGCAUCUAGAUACUCUCAGGAUUGUUUACAAUCUCGGCUCAGUUCUAGAGGCUCAGAAAAGGUAUGAAGAGGUCGAGCGAAUAUAUCGGCGAGCGCUAGAAGGAAUUGUUUACAAUCUCGGCUCAGUACUAGAGGCCCAGAAAAACCACGAAGAUGCUAAGCAGAUGUAUUGGCGAGCUCUACGGGGGUAUGAGGAUGUAUUUGGGAAAGAGCAUCCAGAAACACUUAGGAUUACCAAUGAACUCGGACUAAUGAUGUGGGGCAGUCAGGCCAACGGUAAAGAAGCAGAGCAGAUGUUUCGGCGAGCACUAGAGGGGUCUGCAAAGGCGUUUGGGAAAGAUCACCUGGACACGUUCAAAAGCAUCAUAAAUCUUGGUAUGGUUCUAAUGAUCCGAGGCGAGCACGACGAGUCUGAGCAAAUGUUUCGGCGAGCACUAGAAGAGACCGAGAAGGUCCUCGGGAAAGAGCAUCCGUUGACGCUGACAAGCGCCUAUACUCUCGCCCGCCUUCUUCGAAUCCGGGAAGACUAUAUAAGGGCAGCGGAUCUCUACGAAUGGGCUUGUAGUGGCAACUCCAAACUUCACGGGCCAGACCACGAGAUUACGAAGCAGUGCAUGGCCGAAUACUCUUCUUUGCGGGAGUUGAUGGCCAGAGGAGAUGUUUAA